AUGCCAACUCCUAUUUAUAUUAAAGAAGGUACACCAAGAGAAGGCCUUGUUCAAGGUAUUGUAUCUAAUGGUUGGACAAUUACCAGCAAAAAAGCUCCCAUUUGUAAUUCUAUAGAAAUGGAAAAAAUUCAAAAAGAUUUUGGUUUACCACCUCCUGAAAUGGUAUUUGGCAAUAAUCAUGUUACGAUAAAAUACAAAGAUUUUCAACUUUUUUUUGGUGCUUAUGAUGCUUUAGCUUUAGUAGAUACAAGUUCAACAAGUAGUGAAAAGAUUAAAGUUGCUUAUGCAGAUGAGUGGACAAGGAAAAGUUCUACCAAUCAUACAGAUGUCAAGGAUGUCGUUAAACCUUAUGAUUGGACAUAUUCGACAGAUUAUAAAGGCUCAAGUAAUAAAGAAUUUGAAAUACAUGGAGGUGAAUCACUCAUUGAUUUAGAAAGACUUAAAAGACAAGAUCCUAUUUUGUUUUAUGAUGAAAAUAUAUUAUAUGAAGAUGAGUUAGCUGAUAACGGUACGGCUAUGUUAAGUGUUCGUUUGAGAGUAAUGCCUACUUGUUUUUUAAUUUUACAAAGGUUUUUUUUGAGAGUAGAUGAUGUAUUAUUUAGAAUGAAUGAUACUAGAAUAUAUCAUGAAUUUGGUAAAGAAUAUCUUGUACGUGAAUAUACUUCAAAGGAAGUCCAUUAUAAUGAUAUUAAACAGAAAUUGGGUAGAGGUGACAUUUCAUUAUUAAAUGACCAAAAUUGGGUAUCUUCAGCCAUGCCUAAUGAGUCAAUAAUAACCAUUAGAGAUAAAUUAUAUGUAAAAUAA